CUUUCCUUCCAGUACCGAAUCAACUGCGACGCUAACCCCGCCAUUUCCAUUUCCCAUAUUCCAGUCCAUUUCCAUUUUACUCUCCACUUUCAAAUUUAAAUCGCCACGAGCACUCUAUCCUUGCAGGGACGGCACGAAGUAUGGACCCCUCAGCAUACCUUGUCGAGAAAUCAAACUCUUAUAGGCCAUAAUUCUCUCAAUCUCUUCUCCAUUGCCAUGUGGCUUUAGCAUUUGAGAGCCAUCUCUGCCAUAAUAUAGCGCUUCGAAAGCCCCGAUGCAUCCUUGGACGUGUUAACUAUUCCAAUCCCAAUGCCCGGCUUGCAAGGUUCCUAGCUAUAUAUCUGUGACUACCACAGGCCGUUGGACUUGCGGCUUAGGGUUCCAUUUUGCGCCCGCCAACCAUGUCGGAACGUGAUCCCGUUGGAGGAGUUCAGGUGUCACCACAAUAUCCAAGUGCUGCCAGUGGUGCAGAUGACCCCAAGAUACAAGAUAUAAAAUGCGAUAUCUGCGACAAGGUCUUCACCCGCUCAGAGCAUCUGAGACGACAUAAACGCGCCCAUUCAUCUGAGAAGCCCUUCGCCUGUGUUGAGUGCAAGAAGCGAUUCGCAAGACAAGACAUUCUAAGGCGGCAUCAAGCCAGCCAUGAGCUGAAACGGAAGGUGAACGCAUCGGACGAGACGCGGCGCUAUUCUCGGGCUUGUUUUGCCUGCGCGAGCGCACGAGUGAGAUGUUUGCGUGGAGUUGUCUGCCCACGGUGCAGAAGCCGGGAUCUGCGGUGUGAAUAUCCCUCGAGGAGAACUCGUACGUGUGAACCCGGCGAAUCUGCGAUCGAGGCUGACUCUGUAGACUCGUCUCGAGCUAGCUCGGAAGAAGCUGGACAGGGUGAUGAGAUAAUGACAGAACGAGACGAGGAUGAGUCUGCUGUUGUCACCUGGGAGAAUGAAUCAAGCACCGGAGUGUUUGGAUCGGUUCCCAAAGAGAGCAACUGGACAAGUAAUCUCCUUAUACCAACGGCUUCUAACUCGACCUCAGUCGGGCAAUCAUGGAAUGCCAGCGGGUCGGAAGUUACGUCAGUUGAUCCAAGUGCUGCCCAGACCCUUCUGGCAGGGGACUCCCCAAUGAGUACUAGAGAUUGGUUGCUUUCGCGAGGCAUUAUUAGCCCAGAGACAACCAUUGUGGCUGGAGCACAGCUUGUUCCUCAAGUUAGCGAAGGCAAUAUCGGGAGUCUUUAUAACUACUCGAGGAUCAACUGGCUGCCCCCCAAUGACCUUUCCCACAUUGAUCAGGCCUUUGGGGCCGCUUCACUUCAAUCAGCGAGGUCUCCCAAUGUCAGCGCCCAGGAUGCUUUUGGCAACGGACAUCGAGGGCAAAAUAUACAAUCAAGUCCGCGUUCAGCAUCGACUGGUCAUUUCGACGAGUCAUAUAUGGAGUCGUAUGCCAAUUCAAGGAAUAUUGGGUUGGCUUCAGGUCGGAGCAAACCCUUCUCACUGGAGAGAAUCCCGUCGAUAGCCACAGUCGGAUCGCCAUCCGAUGCCUCAAUGUACUAUGCUGAUGGAGAUGCGGCACAAUCGCCCCUUCUAUCUCACCACAGACAGCCAAAUCAGGCGCCCCUUCCGCUAUUUGGUGGUCAGGGAAGCAGCCCUCUCAGCCCGACUUUGGAAAACAUUCAUACGCAUUUAGCUGGAUACACUCAUCAACAGAUCUGGAUUGCCGAGGAGUCAUACGUUGCCCUGAUAGACUAUUUGAAGUAUACGUCCAGGAGAGAUAUAUCUCUAUCUUACACAGACUCCUUCCCGUCUCUGAAAGAGCUCAAUGAAUUCGCUGGGCUGUAUUUCGACAGGUUCCAUGAGUCCUUUCCCCUCUUGCACAAGCCUUCCUUUUUGAACACCAGAGAUGGGUGUGUGUUGGAACUCGCCAUAGCAGCCAUUGGGGCGUGUUAUGUAGGAACGGCCUACGCACGAAAAUGUAGCGAGUCUCUACAUGAAUUGGUCAACAAGUUGUUGGAGAUCGCCACAUCAUCAUAUUACAAUCCUAGCGAGUUUCCCGAGGUUUUUGGACUCAGGAGAUAUCCGCAGCGCCCUACCCGUUUACAGGCUCGGAUUUUGAAUGUCCUGGGUAUGUUCCAUAGUGGAAAUCAGAAACUGUCGAGUCUUGCCCGCGAGGGCCGAGCUAUUCUCGUGACGACGUGUAUCGAAAACAAGCUUCUGGCGUCAAACCACUACGAUGGCUGGCAGGCUUGUCUUGGAACGGAUGAGGAAGGAGACAGAUUCUUGCAACAAUGGCUCGAAGGUGAACUGAAAUGCAGGGCAGGUUAUUUUGUCUGGAUGUUGGAUUGUAUGAUGGCUUAUGAAUCUGACUUUCGAACACACAUGGAUCUAUUGGAUGGCAAGGCGCCCUUACCAUGUCCAGAACAAAUCUGGGACGAGCCGAUGCUUAACAAAGCACCACUUCUCAUCCUCAAUGGCGGGCCUCCAUCUCUUUGUCUCGCACUCGAUGUUCUCUAUACUGAAAAGAGACUUGUGUCAAAUCUUGGUGAACUAAGCAGAAUUCUACUGAUUCACGGCAUGUACCGUCGAGUUUGGGAAGUCGCAAGAUAUCAAAGCGAUAUUCUAUCGGACUGGGUUCCAACGGCAUUGAGCGAAUCCCAUCACGGGGUCACAUCGGAGAAAACAACAAUGCCAUUAACCAGCUCUGUGGUUUCGAGAUGGACUAACGGGAGUUGCGACUGCCUUGACGUUCUCCACUGGUCAGCCAAAAGUCGAAUCCUGCAGGCAUCUGGCCUUGAACACCCUACAAUCUUACACCUUCAUCUUGCGCGUCUCAUAUUGCUAGCCCCUGUAUCCGACCUUCAAGAGCUGGCGAGGGUAAAGCUUCGCCAGGAAACACAGAGCCACUCCGAAUCGUUCCUCGACGCUACUACGCAAGAACAAGACUUGCAGAAUUCCGUGCACAAGUGGGUUUUGCAUGAUCAAUAUAAGGCGCGUCUGGCGAUAAUCCACGCCGGCUCCGUCUUCUGGUAUCUGCGCCGAUACAGCUGCGGUGCCGUCAUAGAACCAUUCGCCAACUAUCUCGCCACCCUCGUGCUCUGGGCCUACAGCGUCUCUACUUCAGCAGCUAAGCUACUCGCCAGCUCCACGCCCAACACGGUAACCUACGAGUCCCACAGGUCCGCCGACGCCGGGGCCUCCCACGACGCCUCACACCACACCCAAGACCUCGCCAUGCGCGCCAACUCCGAACGCCACCACAGCAUCUCCAGCUACUUCCCCAACCCCCCAUCCCUACACGCACAAAUCGCCGGCGCGCUAGACCACCUCGAGUGCCACGAGACGUCUCUGAUACAGCUAGACCGGCCCUGCGACGACGAGAUCGUGCAGCUCUUUGUGAGGUUUGGGGAGAAGAUGACGCCCUAUAUGGCGAGGAUUGGGGAUAUUAGCAUGAAGGGGUCCGGGAGGAAGAUUCUGAGAGAGGGGAUUAAGUUGUUGUCUACUCAUGAUAAUCAUGGUGUAGGGGGGGUGGGGGAGAGGAUGCCGAGUUGUGCGUGGGGAGCUGCGGAGAGGUUUGGGGAGUUGUUGGCGGCGUUGGGGAGUGCGAGGUGA